ACGAUGAUUUCGUGCGCCCACUAAAUUUUAGAUCUCGCCAAGUAUCCACACGUUCUUGAACCUGACGUAAGACGCAAUGCUUCAUGAUAAAGGAGAAGAAGUAGACCUGGAUUAUGGUCUAGAAUCUCUCGUCAAAGGCGAAAAACCUUCGAAGGAGCAGCAACUUUUUAACGCGUUGCCAAUGGAGGCAAAGUUCGAGCGCUUGAACCAACUCGUACAACAGUCACAAAUAUAUUCACAAGUAAUGUUGGAAAACAUGAUGAAAAAAGCUCUGGAAAAAAAUGUUGACCAGAGGAAAGGUUCCAGGAAAAAAACAAGUACCACGUCCAAAUUAGAUGUCGAAUCCGAUGACCUUGAUGAUACGAAGUCACUCGCGAGAAGAGACGAUUCGGGUCUUACUGCACCAAGAGCUUCAAAUUUCAAGAACUUGUCUUUGACAAGAAAUCGUGCAGCCCAGCCCAAGAUUGUAAAAAAACGCAAAAUGACCGGAGAUAUAGAUCUGAAUGCAGAAUUACAAAUAAUGGGUACUCUGCAUACCAUACGAAACAAAAGGAAUUUAGAGUCUGAUCAAGCAGAUCAAAAUCAUCAGCAACCAAUUAUUAUUUCAGGUUGUACCAUGAAAGACUAUCAACUAGAUGGCUUGACAUGGCUCGUGUCUCUAUACGAAAAUGGUCUAAAUGGAAUACUAGCUGAUGAAAUGGGAUUGGGAAAAACCCUACAGUGUAUUGCUCUCUAUGGAUAUUUGAUUGAACAUGGAGUCAAAGGUCCAUUUCUAGUAGUAGCACCUUUAUCAACAGUGGCGAAUUGGUGCAAUGAAUUCGAAAAAUUCGCACCAGGAAUGAGUGUCCUAAAGUAUGUCGGUAAUAAAGAUACGAGGGCAAAGAUUAAAUUCAAUCUGAAGAACCUGAAAUGCAUCGUGGUGACGUCAUAUGAAAUAAUAAUUAGAGACUUUUCGAAGUUUGCGAGGCUCAGUUGGGAAUAUUUAACUGUGGAUGAGGGACAUCGGCUUAAAAACUUUCAGUCAGUGCUCAUUAGGAGCUUAAAGAAGUUACAUGUUGGGAAUAGGCUACUUCUCACGGGAACUCCGUUGCAAAAUAACCUCAAGGAGCUCUGGUCAUUGCUAAACUUCAUUCUUCCCGACAUUUUCCAUGAUUUAGACCUCUUUGAGUCGUGGUUUGAUUUUGAGAAACUUGCAGAUUCAAGUGCUGGUGAAAUUGAGGAAAAAGAAAAAAAAAAGAUCUAUGAUAAGAUCCAAACGGAGUUUGUCAAACAGCUUCACUCCAUUUUAAAGCCAUUUCUUUUGCGAAGAGUGAAAGAAAUUGUUGUCAAAGACUUACCUCCGAAAAAGGAAUAUCUUAUCUAUGCCGAUCUCACACCUAUGCAAAAUUUAUUUUAUCGGGGAGUCACGGAUGGUACGCUUUUCCAUACGAUCGUACAAAUAUAUCUCAAAGAAUACUUGAUUCUUAAUCACAGCCACAUUGUACACGAUGAGGAAGGUUUGAGUCAUGUUGACGAAAUAUUGAGGAAUAGAUUCCGUCCAAUUGAGCUCAAGAAGAGAAAAAGAGUGAUAUAUAAUGAUGAGAUCCAAUCAGACGAGUUCGCAGAAAGUGAAACUGAUGGCGACUCAAACCUGAAUGAAACUCACGACCUUGAAAAAGACAAGAAUUCGAAAUUCAGAUUUGAUGAUGUGCGUGAUGUUGCUUCAUGUUCUGAUUCCAUGAAUAAUUCAAAGGAAUAUAGGAAUAUAGAAGGUUCUCUCCAUGAACUAUUAUCUGAGAAGCUGCCUGAGAAAUUGAUUAACGGUUCUCUACGUGUAAUAGAAGCAUACGUGAAGAACCUUCUGCUACAGAACGGUGUAAUGCAACUUCGCAGUAUUUGUGCUUCACAUUACACAUACUAUGAACCGUUUCCCGUUGAGUGUGCGGGUGAGAGCAGUUAUGACAAGAAAUUGGCCGAUUUGCUCCUUGAAAACUCCGGAAAAUUACAAUUACUAGAACAGAUAACUGACAAACUCUUGGCCAAAAGACAUAAAAUCCUUAUUUUUUCUCAGUUCACACGAGUGUUGGAUCUUAUUGCACUACAUUUCCAACAAAAAGGCAUUAGUUUCAGUCGUCUUGACGGAAGAAUGGACCAGAUAGAUAGAACUAAACAAAUUGAGUUGUUUAGCAAUGGCUCUUCUCAAUUGUUUCUACUUUCCACACGCGCUGGAGGGUUGGGAUUGAACCUAAUUCAGGCAGACACCGUAAUCUUGUUUGACAACGAUUGGAAUCCGCAGAUGGAUCUUCAAGCAAUCGACAGGGUACACCGCAUAGGGCAAACAAGACCAGUUAAGGUGUUUCGAUUUGUCGUCAGAAACUCAAUUGAGGAACUAUUGAUAAUGAGAAGCUUCAGCAAAAGGGCUUUAGAGAAGCUAGUGAUUGAGCUGGGCCAUUUCCAGUUGGGAAAAAUGGCAAAAAAAUUAGCUUCGGAGAACGUGGAUAUGACUGCAAUAAAGUCAUUUGGCAGUAUUUUUGAUUUAGGAAGGCGUUUGAAUGUACACGGACAUGGACCCAAAUUUUUAAACUCAACUCACAUUAAUUCCGUUGUUUUGGGAAAAGCCGAAAAAAGAGGUCAAUUUCUAGAGUCUAAAGAGCUUUACGAGUUACUUGAUCGCAGCCCACAAUGCUAUAAACGAAAGCCCUGUGAUUUCACAAACAUGUCCUCAUUCGAAACAACCAACAAUAUGGACAAAUGAAUAUUUUAGAACCUUUUCCUGAGUUUUGUUGAUGGUAAAAUGACCUGCGGUAGGAGUGACGGGAACCACAACUACGUGAGCCGAAUUGAUAUUUUUACUCGGGCGAAGUCUGAAAUAGUCUACUCUUUUUUAUAAUUUUAAGAAUACAUCAUAAAGCGGUUUUUG